AUGUCGACCUUGAAAGAAAACAUCUCCGAGAGCAGGCGGCAAAGUGUCCUCUUCGCCGACGAGAACAGGAGAAAAGCCAGUGUUGCCCAACUCACUGCUAACACCAGUGGAGAGGUUCGCAAUCCCCUAGUGGGCAUUCCACGGGAGCGACUGCUUCAAGACGUUGAGAACUAUGCCAGCGAAAAUCAGCUCACUGACAUUCUACCACUACUUCGUAAAGGGGCAUUGGUUGCGCAAAGCCCUCAUGCGAUCGAGCAUAUUCCUGACUUGGAUGAAUCAGAGCGCCAGCUCCUGCGCGAAGAAGUUACUCACCGCUGGAAGCAUCCAAAGACCCUCUACUUCACCAUUGUUUUGAACUCCAUCGCGGCAGCUAUCCAGGGCUGGGACCAGACUGGCUCCAAUGGCGCCAACUUGUCGUUCCCUCAAGAUUUUGGCAUCGCAGACACUGGCGCUGCUUGCGAGGCAGCGGGCAAUUGUGAAGACAACUCCUGGCUAAUUGGUUUUAUCAACUCGUGCCCUUACAUUGCCAUCGCUUUUUUCGCCGGAUGGAUUUCUGACCCUGUGAACGAUUUGGUCGGUCGUCGUGGCGCCAUUUUUAUCGGCGCGAUCUUCUCCCUGCUCGCCCCCAUCGGUUCUGCUUGCACCCAGCACUGGGGUCAGCUGGUCGCCACUCGUAUUCUCCUCGGCAUUGGUAUGGGGUUGAAGGAAGUUACUGUGCCUGUGUUUUCGGCAGAAAACUCACCGACCAACAUUCGAGGCGGACUAGUCAUGUCGUGGCAAGUCUGGACCGCAUUCGGCAUUUUCUUGGGAACCUGUGCCAACCUGGCUGUCAAGGAUACCGGCGCCAUCUCCUGGAGGUUGCAGCUAGGUUCUGCCUUCAUUCCAGCCAUUCCGUUGGUGAUUGGCAUCUAUUUCUGUCCUGAGUCUCCUCGCUGGCUCAUGAAGAAGGGAAGGCAUGCCAAGGCAUACAGAGCUUUGCUCCGGCUUCGAAACAGUCCUGUCCAAGCUGCGCGAGAUUUGUACUACAUUCAUGCACAGUUGAUUCAAGAGGAUAUCCUCGUAGAAGAAUCUGCCGUUGCCACCCAUGGUAACUUCUUCACCCGGUUUAUCGAACUCUUUACGAUUCCUCGCAUCCGGCGAGCGACUCAGGCUUCCGGCAUCGUCAUGAUUGCUCAACAAAUGUGUGGCAUCAACAUCAUCGCCUUCUACUCAUCCACUGUGUUUGCCAACGCAGGGGCUAGUGUUACAGGGGCUCUCCUCGCUUCCUGGGGCUUCGGUCUUGUCAAUUUCCUGUUUGCCUGGCCUGCGGUCUGGACAAUCGAUACCUUCGGCCGGCGAGCUCUCUUGCUCUUCACUUUUCCCAACAUGUGCUGGACUUUGUUGGCGGCGGGAUUCUGCUUCUGGAUACCGAAAAGCAGUGACGCCCACCUUGGCAUGGUGGCCUUGUUCAUUUUCCUGUUUGAUGCUUUUUACUCUCCCGGCGAAGGUCCUGUUCCCUUUACGUACUCUGCUGAAGUCUUCCCGCUUUCUCAUCGUGAGGUCGGGAUGUCUUGGGCGGUCGCAACGAACAACUUCUGGGCGUCGGUGCUCUCGCUUACUUUCCCACGGAUGCUCCAAGCCCUGACGCCACAGGGCGCCUUCGGUUUCUAUGCUGGUCUGAAUGUUAUUGCCUUCGUCAUGAUCUUCCUUUGGCUUCCCGAAACGAAACAGCGAACUCUUGAAGAAUUGGACUACGUUUUUGCUGUGCCGACAAGAACGCACAUGCGUUACCAGCUCUUCCAGGUAUUGCCGUAUUGGUUUAGGACCUCGGUUCUGCGCCGUAAGGGGCUGACUCCCCCGAGGCUCUACAAGUUCGAUUCGGACGAGGAAUAUCAAGACACGCACGAGGCGCCGGAGGAGAAACUUGCAUGA